CAUCUAAAAUGAGCGCUCUGUGCGUGACACUUCUCCUCUGCUUAGACUCCGGCUGUGGAACAAGCACCCUUCAGCAGGGCCGCAAAGGGGCCAUUAGCUCCAAGGGCUUUCCUGAACCAUAUCCGUCUGACCUGCAAUGUGCCUGGAACAUCACCGUCCCGGAGGGUCUGCUGGUCAAGUUGGAGGUUACGGACAUGGCCGUGGUCGGGGAGGCGGGCCAGUGCGGCCCGGACAGACUCCUGGUCUCGGAUGAGCUGCAGUCUCUCGGUACCCACUGCGGCUACGUUCUCCCGCCGCUGCUCAUCAGCUCCAGCAGCAGGCUGCACCUCAGCUUCCUGUCCGACGCGCGUCUGGCCGACCGUGGAUUCGCCGCCUCGUGGGAGGCUGUGUACCCAGAAGACAUUGGAGUGAUCCAGGGCUGUGGAGGUUUUUCCCGAGAGAGGACGGGGGUCAUCACGUCCCAGAACUGGCCCUUGAACUACGCCGGCAACAGCGAGUGCCUGUGGAUGGUGGAGGUGCCCACGGGGGAUACCAUCACACUGACCUUCACGCACUUUGAGGUGGAAGAGGCGGGCAUCCUUCUAGGAAAGUGCUUCGACCAGCUGCAGGUCUAUGAUGGUGCGGCCGCGGGAGCAACGAGAUACGGUCCGUUCUGUGGGACUAAGCUCCCAUCCACCAUCCAGACCACAGGAAACACCUUACUUCUUCGUUUCCAUGCCGACUUCUUCACUGAGGCCAAGGGCUUCAGAGCCUACUGGACGACAGACGUCACUCAGCCGGCCCCCACAGACCCCCCGGUGCCACCCAACCCCUGGGAUGACAUCACCAUAGACUGGCCAAGCACCUGUGGAAAGCCUACCAUUCCCCCCAUGGUCAACGCCCGCAUCGUCAACGGAGAGCCGGCCACCCCCCACUCCUGGCCUUGGCAGGUUUCCAUGCAGGUUUGGCCGGCCAGCCAGGAAACGCCCAAGUUCUCCCACACCUGUGGUGGCACCCUGAUCCACAGGAAGUGGGUGAUGACCGCCGCCCACUGCUUCAUCAGGUAUGCGGAUGAGCUGCAGCGCUGGCGCCUGUGCCUGGGCAAACACAAUCUGACGAUGGAGGAGCCCAGCCAGAAGUGUUUCGGUGUGCUCGCCAUCCACCGGCACGAGGGCUUCCGCUACCCACAGGUGCCCACCGUAGAGUUCGACAUCGCUCUAGUCCAGCUGGAUGGGGAGGUGGUGCCCAGCGAUGAAAUCAGCUAUGCCUGCCUGCCCCCUCUGGAGGAGGUGUUGCCCAUGGAUAAGAAGUGCUAUGCUACUGGCUGGGGCGACGAGACAGGUAACUCUACAGCCCCAAAAGCUGCAGAAACUCUGAACCAGGUGGCUCUGCCCGUCGUUCCUUACGACACGUGCAAGAGGAUGGACUACUGGUGGUUCCAGGUGAAGCCGUCUAUGAUCUGCUGCGGUUACACCAAGCCCGACGAGCUGAAGUCCGUCUGCCAGGGCGAUUCAGGAGGCCCCUUGGUUUGCCAAGACGCCCCCGGGGAGCCCUGGGCGAUUCAUGGCAUCACCAGCUUCGGGCCCAUCGGCUGCAUUAUGGACAAGAAGCCCAGCGUCUUCACUCGAGCGUCCGCCUACAUCCCAUGGAUAGAGAAUAUCAUCCGGAAGGACUUCUUCGACUUCACCACAUCUGGCUGCGGGGAUAUAAAGAAUGUGACGGGCACCUUGGGCAAGCUGUCCUCCAUGGGCUACCCUGCCGCCUACAGCAACGAUGCCCGCUGCCAGUGGAACAUAAAGGCGCCAGAGGGCAAGCUGGUGCACCUGCACUUCGAGGCCUUCUCACUGGAGGACAGCCAACUCUGCCUGAGCGACAGUGUCGCCCUCUCUGACCAGAUCGGCGUCCUGGGAACAUACUGCAACAACGGCAUCCCAGCAGAUCUGGUGAGCACUGGUGAGAUCCUGAGCAUCCGCUUCUCCUCCAACAACCGCGUGGUGGACACCGGCUUCCUGGCCACGUGGAAGGCUGUAGACCCUGAUGACGUCCCUAACUUGAUCCAGUGUGGGGGCCACUUCUCCGAGGAGCAGGGGCAGAUCAUGUCCCCAGGAUGGCCCACCUCUAACUACCCGGCCCAGGCGGUGUGCACCUGGAGCAUCUCGGUGCCUCCUUCAAAGAAGAUCCACAUUAAGUUCACUGACUUCAACGUGCAAGCUGUCAGCCUUCUGGGAUCAUGCCUGGACUAUGUUGAGGUCUAUGAAGGAGAGGGCACAGGAUUUACCAAGCUAGGAAGCUUCUGUGGCUUUGUGGCUCCGCCCACGGUGACCACCGCGGGCAACACAGCCGUAAUCAGGUUCGUUAGUAACGGCGCAAAGCAGGAUAAGGGUUUCCGUGGAUACUGGACGACGGACCUCAAUGUGUUCCCUACUCUGCCGGCUCCGCCCACCAAUCCUUGGGAUAAUAUCAUCAUCGACUGGCCGGCGUCCUGCGGCAGGCCCGCUGUGCCCCCCAGUACCUCUGUGGCCCGCGUGGUAAAUGGUGUGGAGGCUGUGCCUCACUCCUGGCCCUGGCAGGUGUCCAUGCAGGGCCGGCUCUUCGCUUUCAUGCCUUUCCAACAUGCGUGUGGGGGCUCCCUGAUCCACGAGGAGUGGGUCCUGACGGCGGCCCAUUGCUUCAUGCAGCUUUCCAAGCCCAACAUGUGGCAGCUCUGUCUGGGGAAGCACUACAUGAAUACAUCAGGCGAAGCCACGGAGGCCUGCUACACCGUGGAUAGGAUCCUAACCCACCCCGGCUUCGUCUACCCCCAGAGCGACAUCGUAGCCAAUGACGUCGCCCUGGUCCACCUGGCACAGAGGGUCAACAUGACCAGGGAGAUAAGCCCCGUGUGUCUGCCUGAGGAUGACGAGGUUCUCCCAGGUGGGACGCACUGCUUCGUGACUGGCUGGGGUGAUGAGAAAGGAAGCCUGUUCCCUGUGGUGUCCAAACAGCUAAACCAGGCACCACUGCCCGUGGUCCCCUUCGAGACGUGCAGCAAGCCGCAGUAUUGGUGGGACAGUGUGCGUCCGUCUAUGAUCUGUGCCGGCUACGAAUCCCCUGACGAGCUCAAGUCGGCCUGCCAGGGCGACUCCGGGGGGCCGCUGGUCUACAAAGCCGAGGGCCCCGAUGCGAACUGGCAAGUCCAAGGAAUUGUAAGCUUCGGGGCCAGGGGAUGCGCCAAGGACAAAAAGCCGUCGGUGUUCACCCGCGUCUCCGCCUUCUCCCCCUGGAUCCGCGACCAGAUAAAGCAGUUCAUCUAUGAGCAGACGGCUCAGCCAAGCCGAACAUAAAUCACUCUCCGGAAAGAGAUGGACUGCGCCGGAGAAAGGAAAACAGACACCUUUUAUUACGUCUUUGACGUGCAGAAGUCUGUCUUACUCUGUCAACACAAAAGCAGUGUGGUAUAAUUCGUCAUGCGGAAAAUAAGUUUCCUAUGUAAACUGUAAAUUACUUGCUAUUAAUCCCGUGGCCCUAUCCCGGAUUAAUGUGUAGAAGGUGGACAGAUGGAUGUUAAUUGCCAAUUCCUUUCUGACAUGUAAUAUUGUGUGACAACAUUCAAGUUUGUAACGAUGCCAGAAUUUGUCAAAAAUGUGACAAGAUGUCAAAAUAUUUCAUAAUCAUAAUAGGGCCGGACAGCACGCGGAUUCGUACAUGCUUAAUGCAUUAGCCGGGCCUGUCUCUAGCCUUUUGCAUUUCUAAUAUAUGAUGUGUUCCCAAAAA